AUGGCCCCCAGAAUGCGCAGCGCGCUCACAAAGAGCCUGUCGCGCUCGCUGGACAGUAACUCUGUUUUCUAUUGUCCGUCGUGCGCGAUUUGGCGCCGCAUAUUAUCAACACGCGCCAGCGGUCGCAGCAUUGACAAAACCGACACAUUGCGUCGAAGCAGUCGGCCCCAGAACAUAAUCACAGCGUCGACUCCUCGGCCAUUCAACACAUCGUCUGUCAUUACUGCGAAAUCUGUUCCGCCCCGGUUCAAGGAGCUCUACACUGCCCUGGAAGGAGUCAAGGAUGCGGCGCUUGAGCAGGUGAAUCUUAGUAGGCUGCAGUUUGCGCUACGGGGAUUGGAGUCUGAGACGCCACUUAUUCGUGUUGCUGUCCUCGGAUUGAAUGAUGCGACCUGUGCCCGCAAACUCGUUAGACUACUACUUGCAGACCCAUUAACACCGCGGGAAACUUGGGAAGACAUUCUAGACUCAUACAAUGCCGACUCAUCGCGAGGGCUGUUGAUUAGAUAUGGCGAAAUCUCAGAAUCUAUCCCCAAUGAUUUGCUACCGACAAUAUCAGUGCCCUCGCCCAUUCUCAGGAACGGAAACCUGGAAAUCCUGGUCAGCACGAUCGGCUCCGAGCCUGACCCCAAUGCCGCUACGCUCCACGCCGACACCUUCCUCGUUCCAACUGUGACCAUUCAGUCAUCGCACUCCGGUCGGCAUAAUGUUGUUCGGUAUCCUGUGCACCGCAGUAUCGUCUGCGGAAGCGGGGUGGAUGGCCUACUGGCUUAUAGCACAAUGAUGGGCCGGUCAGACCUGAAGCAUGAGCUCGCUUCCGUGCGCGGUGCUAUUGAACUCGCCUUGGCAGAUCAAAAAUCCAACAACGACCGACUUACUCUGGUGGAUAUUGAACGUGCCAGCACGGCCUUAGACAGAUUCCGCGACUCCGUCCAAAAUGCCGGAGACUACGAACGUGGAUGGAAUGGUAGUGGUGUGCAGCCGCUCAUCGACUGGCUUGCAAGCUCCUCGGAAGCAUCAACUCAGGACAAAUUGAACCCAGCCUUGGUUCCUCUAGUGGAGUCUAUCCUCGACUCCGCCGAGGCUAGCGUGCUCGUCCGGGAUGCCAAGGCGCUCCAAGACCAGACCGCCGGCAUAGCUCCUGAAGAGCUCCGCUCCCAGCUCGAUGAAGGAAUCACAACCUGGGCAGAGCGCGCUCACUCUGAGCUACGCAGUUCUCUCGAAGCCGGUCUGGCCAGUCCGCGCUGGCGGGGCCUCGCGUGGUGGAAGCUCUUCUGGCGGGUCGACGAUGUGGGCAUGGUCACCUCCGAGAUCCUCGAGAAGCAGUUCCUCCUCCGCGCCGAGCGGGAAGUCAUCUGGACCGCAGGCAAAUACCAGCAGGCCGGCCUGCUGGAAGAACCGACUUCAACCCCCAAGUCAACCACAGCCCCUGUCCCUGCUGAGCCCGUUUCGGCUCCCUGGCCAACCCAAAUCUCCAACCUACGCACUAAGCUCCUCACCACCACCGUCCCCUCCCUCCAAGCCCUUGCUCAGAGUCUGGUCCUUUUCAGUGUCUCCACUACAACUCUGACGUCCGCUCUGUCCGCUCUAACGUACGUGGCUGUGCCGUCCGCCUCGGUAUAUGAGUCAUGUACUCUUGCCGCGGUUGGUCUGAUCUACUCUGUGCGCCGCCAGCAGAAGAGAUGGGAUAGUGCCCGUACCUUCUGGGAAGAGGAGGUCCGCGAAGAAGGACGUACUGCUCUGCGGGAAACUGAGGUCGCUCUUCGAAAGAUUGUGCGGGACGGUGGCAAGUCUGUCCAAGAGUUGUCGGAUCCUCGUGCACGGGAGAGUGUUGCGCGCGCGAAGAAGGCUUUGGAUGAGGUGAAGGCUUGA